AUGGACAAAACGAAGCAAGCCCUUGAAGAGAUUCGUCAGCGACUUUUGAACGUAGGGGAGUGUAUACUUGACCGAUAUAUUAUCUGCGCCUUGAUGUACGGUCACCCAGAGGACUACAGACCCCUACGCACAGAGGUCUUCAAGAAGGACAACGAGAACAUCACAACAGACGAUGUGUAUGAGAUGACACUAAAGUACGAAGGCGAUAAUCAAAUCCGCACCCAGCCUCAUCUGUCGGGUAUAAACGCUAUCAGAGACGAGAUCGAGGCAUUAAAGGAACACAAACCCUGCCUCGCAUUCGGCCUUAAAGGUCACAACAUAUACUCGUGUCCAACAUCAGUCUGUCAUCGAUGCGGGGUAAACGAUCACAUGGGAAAGAAAUGUCCAGUCGAUCGCAAGACCUUGAUCUGCACACAACGUGAUAAGCCGGGCCACAAUGCCGACGCAUGUCUACGCAAGUGA